GCUGAGGGGUCUGGUGGUUAAAGUAGUUGUUUUUGGGGGGGAGGGGGGCACUUUGUCACGCACGGUUAAACCGGGUCAGACACCUGUGCGGGUCCUGACGGCUCGUUAUUCUGACUUUCCUCAGCAGUCAUUUUCCUCACCGGGCUGAAAGCAGCAGGAGGAGGUUAGCGUGUUUCCCAUGGCUACACCAAGCGUCCACACGGGGGUUAUUUGCAUUCCUCUCCAGCCUGUGGCGACACACACACGCAUGCGUUAUUAUUAUCUUAAAACUGGCAGCCUGAUAACUGAGCCGGGAGUCCGGGGGGAAGAGCGGCCAGGUCAGCUCCAGGAGUCGUGACGUCGCCGGAGUUGCAGCCCGAGCAUGAGGAGGAUCGGUGGCCGUUACCCUGCCCAGACCGGAGGCUGCUGGUAGGGAUGGUGUCGCUGUGAAGAGCCGGUGUGACGAGCCUGUGGUCGGGGAAGAAGUGCCUGGACAACAUGACUGUUUUCAACCCGGAAAAUGUGGAGGAAUUUUAUGACAUCGGGGACGAGCUGGGGAGUGUAUCUGUUCCUGCAUCCUUGUUGCUCCAUGGAUUUCUGUAAGCAGCCUGAUGAAAGGUCCACUGCCUGCAACAGUCCCGCCGGGCGCCUCUUCAUCUCCAUUCCCAAAGAAGACCACUCCUCCAUCACUGACAGCCAUCUACCUGGCUUCCAGAGAGGUUCUGCCUCCUUUGCCCUUGACCUCCAGCUCAACUCCCAGAGGACUCAGUCUCCACUGCUAGUCCCCUUUUCCCAGCGUGCCUUGGCUUUGGUAGUGGAGGUGAAUGAGGGAGAAGGGUCAGUCCCAUUGCCCUGUCAGUACUCAGGAUUUAUACCUGAGGACAAUCCCACGGUGCUGUGGACUCGUGAUGAUCUGGAUCCAAAGUCUGUCCACAUACGACGAGAAGGAGGAGACGAUCUUAGAGGACAAAACCAGCUUUACAGCGGACGCACAUCAAUGAGGUCUGAUGCUCUGGACUCGUUAGACUUCAGCCUCACUCUGAGAAAACCAACAAAGACUGACAGCGGCAACUACACCUGCUCCAUCAGUGAUUGGAGACAAGAACGGAGACUGAGAAACAUACAGCUGGAGGUCAAAGACCAGCAGGUGGAGGUGGGGGUGGAGGAAGGCUCAGAGUCCGUCCUCCUGCCCUGCAAAACAAAACCUGACCUGCCUGAGGACACAAGAGUGGAGUGGACUCGCUCUGACCUCAUGAUGGUCCGUGUGUAUUCAAACAGAAGCGACCUCCUUAAAAAACAGGACAACCUUUACAGAGAUCGAACAAAGAUGAACAAAGACCUGCUGAGGACUGGAGACCUCAGUCUGACCCUGAAAUACCCCACAGACUGGGACACAGGAGGAUACAUCUGCACCAUCUACAGGGACGAAGACAUCCUGAGGCAGAAAGUCGUGCUGCAGGUCAAAGAACAGUUUUCAUCCUGGGCCAUAGUUCUCCUUGUUCUCCUGGUUCUUCUUGUGAUUUUUAGAGGUCUUUUAUUUCAUUUCCGGUACUAUUUCAUGUCAGUUUACAAGGUGGAGGUGGAUUCAGGGGUGGAGUCUGUUCAGCUGAUCUGCAAAACCACAGUUUGUCUGCCUAAAGAUGCUAAAGUGGAGUGGAAGGACAAAAACAACAGGAAGGUCCACGUGUAUGAGAACGGCUCUGACCAGCCUGAAGAACAGGACGAUAAAUACAAGAACCGAACAAAGAUGAAGAGAAACUUACUGGAACCUGGAGACCUCAGUCUGACCCUGAAACACCCCACAGAUGAAGACAACUCCACCUACACCUGCACCGUCUACAGCAGGGAGGGAAACAUCCUGAUGGAGAAACAAGUGGAGCUGAAAGUCAGAGGUCAGUGCUGUAGAUACAGGUCAAAGGUCAGAGGUCAGACUCAUGAUGGUGGUUCAGUCUCAGUGGGCUCCAUCCAAUAAUGUUACAGUGUUAGCAUGUCUGAUGUUUGUGGCUGUUUUGGUUUUUAUUUGAUUUCCAGCCAAAUGUAAAAGCUUCAGCAGAUGAACUGUAGGAGCAAAGUUCAUGUGUGAGACUUCAUCUGAAAGGUAACAUCUUCU